AAGACCUCCGCAGUGAAUAUGGUGAGAACAAGCAUCAGUAUGUUGUGAAAACAGGCAGGCACUUACAGGCAUCAUAUGCAGUGGUUUCACAAUAAAAAGAAUUUGAAAGAUAUUUACAUGCUCAAAAAGACACAAUGGCUUUAACAAAUAGACCACAGACGGCACGUCCACAACUUGGCAGCACACAUGUUCUCAUCAACAAGGAAAAUCCAGAUGGAGGAUUACUUGCCAAAACGGAACUUCAUCGACCUUCAUCUCAUAUGGGAACAAGAUCAGCCCUUGGAACAAUUGAAAACAUUGGACACAAAGUCUCUGCAAUUACGAUAGACCCUAGUAAAAAGACAAAUGCAAUCAAGAAAGAGAUCAUACAGCAGCAACAGAUAGUGACCAGACAGAAAAUAGUCAAAUCUAAAGCUACUUCUUCCCUAAAAGAACUUGUAGAAACAGAAACAAAAACUGAAGCAUCCAUAGAAGCAGUGAAAAAUGUUUCUAAACCAGACAUAUUACUGGGACCUCCCGAGUCUAUGGACAUCAGUGAAGAUAAACCUGAGGCAUUCUCAAAAGCUUUAUUAAAAGUGGAAGAUAUUGAUGAGAAUGACAAAGAUAACCCACAACUUGUUAGUGAAUAUGUCAAUGACAUUUACCAGUACAUGUUGGAGUUGGAGCAAAAGUUUCCAGUCAGGCCUAAAUUCCUCGAGGGUUAUGAGAUAACUGGUAAAAUGCGUGCCAUUUUGAUUGACUGGUUGUGUCAGGUUCACCACAGAUUCCACUUGUUGCAAGAAACUCUCUACUUGACUGUAUCCAUCAUCGACAGAUUUUUACAAAUUCACCAAGUGCCACGUAACAAGCUUCAGUUAGUUGGUGUGACUUCCAUGCUGAUUGCAUCCAAGUAUGAGGAGAUGUAUGCCCCAGAGGUAGCCGAUUUUGUCUACAUCACAGACAACGCCUACCAGAAAAAAGAUAUUCGGGAAAUGGAGGCUCUUAUCCUCAAAACUCUGGACUUCAGCAUGGGAAAACCUCUCUGUUUACAUUUCCUCAGACGCAACUCUAAAGCAGGAGGGGUUGAUGCCAGCAAACACACAUUGGCCAAGUAUUUGAUGGAACUUACAAUCAUUGAGUAUGAUAUGGUGCAAUACUACCCCUCACAAAUUGCAGCUGCUGCCCUUUGUCUUUCAAUGAAAUUAUUAGAUGGAUCAAAAUGGACUGACACAUUAAGUCACUACAGUUCCUAUUCAGAGAAGGAUCUUUCACCAUUAAUGCAAAAGUUGUGUAGUCUAGUCAUAAAAGCAGAAACCUACAAAUUAACGGCUGUUAGAACAAAAUAUGCCUCAUCAAAAUUUAUGAAAAUCAGCACGUGCUCGGAACUUAAAGGACAAGUGGUUAAAGACAUGGCUAAUCAAUCUGAAUAAAUUAUAAACAUUCCCUUGGAAUUUUAAAAUCAGGCUGUGAUGUGUGUAUUGUCAGGAGUGGAGUUUUCAGGGAGGAUCAAAUUUGUGGGGAUUCUGAGUUGUGGAUGCUGCUAGUUUCAUUGUACCAAAUUUGUUCUGCUUGUAGAGUUUGUUUUUCAUACUUUUUGUUGGUACCAGAAAAAAAUUCUUUCUCCCGUAAUAUGAAUUUUUAUGCACAAUUUUUUUAUUCUAUAAUUUAAUCAAUAAUUUAUAAAACUAAUUUUUUAGAUACAAUUUUAGCUUUUACGUUCUCAUUUGGUAUAAUAUAACAGUAAAUAAAAAUAUGAAUAAUUCUAUUAGAUUUAAGUCAUCCAUAAGAAAGACGUAUUUGGUUAGGUUUGUGAUCUAUCAAAAGAAAAACUUUCAUACACAAAUAUAUAACCCAUUGUCUCAGUAAUAUUCCAAUUCAUAUCUCAAUUCAGAAUGUUUCAUGGGAAGGGGGGAGGGUGUAAAAAUAUAUCAUUUGUCACAAUGUUCUGUUGGGUUUUUUGGUUAGAUAUUGAAAUCGCCUCACAAAUAUGAAGUCACCCAUUAGAAUAUUUUGUAGGUUCCUAGAAACAUGCAACAGUUCUUCAUUCAGAAUUCAUUAUUUAUUCAGUAUUGUGUGAAUGAUUUGUGAAUGAAAGUGUAUAGAAAACUCUAAUAAAUCAUGAUAUUAAUGUUGGAAAAACAAGGGAAGGACAUUGCUUUUCACUUUUGACUUCAUUUUUUUUUCUUUUUUUCUGUACAUUUCACUUGUGUAAAAUCCCCUUGUUUUUCUGACAGGAAACUUCUUUUAUGUAGGUGCUGAAAUGUUUGGAUCAUGGGUAGUAUCAUAGAAUUCCAACAUUUUUUUUUUUAAAUCUAAUAUCUAGGGAAAAUGAAAUGAUAAACUGGGAAGCUUAACAGAUGAUGCAUUCAUUUUUAAAGAUAUCAAUCUUGUUGAAACUGUUUAAGGACACUUGCUGAAGCUGUGUAAGUUAAACAUUGACCUAUAUGGAUAUUUUUAACCUUACGAUGUUUGCAUUUGAAAUUAAUAUUUAUCUUAUGUAGCCAUUUGCAGCAUUUGAUAUAUUCAGCAGGUGUCUUUUCAUUUUUACAUGGCUAUUGAUGAUUUUGAUACUUUUUAUUUUAUUCAUGUAUUUGUAUGUGUAGAGGAAAUAAAAAAUAAAACUAA